UCCAAAACAGCACUAGAGCGGCAGAUAUUCUAUCUCGGACUGUAUAAAAUUGGACCGCUAGACGCAUAUUGUGUUAACAUAGUGGUUCCAUUCCAUAGGCGACUAACCAAUCAAAGACCUUCGUGAGUGUUGAGCGAGAUGCGCGUAUUUACAGUAUUCUAAUAGCGUUGGCAUAAAACUAGUGUCGGACUAGUCGUGUAUCGGAAGGGCGAUGCCAGGGAUAACCAAGUAUAAUUUAGUGGAUGAUGCACAGGACUUGAGGAUCCCCAUGCACAACGAGGCGGCAUUUCAGCAUGGGGUCUGCUUUGAGGCAAAGUACAUUGGCAGUCUGGAAGUCGGUCGUCCAAAUAGCCGAAUGGAGAUAGUGGCUGCAAUGAGAAGGAUAAGGUAUGAAUUCAAAUUGAAGAACAUCAAGAAGAAGAAAGUCAACAUCAUUGUGUCUGCGGAUGGUGUACGGGUGGUUUUGCGAAAAAAGAAAAAGAGGAAAGAGUGGUCUUGGGAUGACAAUACAGUCAUGAUAACACAAGACCCCAUCUACAGGAUUUUCUAUGUGUCACAUGACGCCCAGGACUUGAAGAUCUUCAGUUACAUUGCAAGAGAUGGAAAGAGCAACAUGUUCCGUUGUAAUGUCUUCAAAUCCAAGAGGAAGUCCCAGGCCAUGCGCAUCGUGCGGACGGUGGGCCAGGCCUUUGACGUGUGCCACCAGCUGACCCUGCAGCAGACAGGGGAACAGAUCUCAGAGGAUGGAGGGGACACCCGCACUGCCGACGCAGAGGGGGCAGACGCCGUGCCAGCCAAGAAGAGGUUGGCAUUGUCUGAUUCCACUGACCUUGAAGCCACUACAGAGGAGAGCAUCGACCGUUUGUCAUCCGACCAGGACAAGAGCCAGGACCUUCACAGUAAUGAUGGGAAGGACCUAACCCAGCAGCUGACCACAUCCAGGUCAGGGCCACCUGUGUCAAGCUUGCUAGCUGUGGACUGCUCUGUGGCACACCAGGUGCAGCUUCUCCAGAGACAGCUCCAGCAGCAGGAGCAGCAGGCCCAGGCUGCUGCAGCACAGGUGCGCUUGCUCCAGGACCAGCUGUCAGUGGAGGUGUGUGCCAGGACAGACGCCCAGGCCCGGGUUCAGAGACUCCUACUGCAGAACACUGAUCUACUGCAGCACAUCUCCCUACUGGUCAAUCAGAUCCAGGAGCUGGAGCUCAAAUCUGUUGCAGGACUCAGCUCCAUGGGCUCCCAAGACAGUCUGCUGGAGAUCACCUUCCGUGCCAAGCCACCCUCCUUGCUAUAUGACAUCACCACCACCCACACCUCCAUGGGCCCCCUACAGGGUCAGCCCCAGAUAACCAAUGGCCCCUGGGCCUCUAUCCUACCAGGGGCCUCUCCUCCAGGGACCAGGGCCCCGGACAGCCACUCUCUGGGCCCGGGCGGAGUGAGGCUAGAGUGCUUCCGCUUCCCUCGUAGUGGGGGAGGGGGCAACCACGAGAGCCAGAACCAGGAGGCUGAGAGUCCAUGCUCGGGCUGCCCAGGCGGGGACUCCCCUCUGGGGGUUCUUGGAUCCCUGGAGCUCCUCCGUUUCCGAGAGUCGGGGAUAGGUUCGGAGUACGAGUCCAACGCGGAUGAGAGCAGUGACAGGGACAGCUGGGGGCGGGGCGAGGGGGCGCGGCCUGAGGGCGUGGCACUUCUGUUCAACGUAAUGAAUGCGGAGAGCCCCGCGGACUGUCUGGGUGAUGAGGUGGCCGUGUAGCCCUCCACGGCUUCGACUUCACCCAAGAACGAAAUCAUAUCACACAGUCUACAGUUCUAUGGUGUUAACUGUUCACCACCCUCCAAACUCUGCUCUGCAGUCCUUUUGUGUGAUAUUUGUUUGUUGCAUUUUUUGUAUUUGUUGGAUAUUUUGUUUAUAUUUGGUCACGUUUGUCUGAUGUUUAUUUAUAUCUGUUGCAGUUAAUUACAUGUGUUUCUUGAAUGUGUUUACAUUUUUUCAUACAUUUUGUCUCAGCACUUGACUUGCUGCUGCUGUUCCUGCUCUCCUGGGCUUACUGCUGUGUAGCUGUAGUUUGUCACAGCUGUCUAAAAUAUGUGGUUCUGGUCUGUGUUAUUGAAGCAUUGUGUAGUAGUGAAACACACCCGGCAUGGCCAGUCGUUGGCGCUGUUUGUUUGUUUUUUGACGAAAAGACUUUGAAUGAGUUGAAAAUGAGUAAAAGUCUAAUGUAAAAACUGCGAACUUCAAAAGCCCGCUGUACUAGUGCUGUAUUACAUGACUGGAUCUCA